GUCUCCUGGGGCAACGGCACCCCGGGACCUGUGCUUUGCGGCAAAAGCCAGGCUCUGUCGUUGCGGCCAGGCAAUGCGAGAAGAGGCCGACGCAGCUCCUCAGAAUGGCUUCCACAAGAAGACCCAUUGGGCCUUGCCAUGGUGUAUUUGACUUCAGUGAUAUGUUCUUAGAGGACUCAAGGAUGGAAGGGAUGAGAAACAUUCAAGCCCGAAGUCUUGGCCAAGUGACACUGGGGCAGAACAGAAUCCUAAAGAGACACCAGACGGUGGAUGAAAAAUAUCUGAUGCCCAAAGAGGAGACUACGCCAGGGAGGGGGCCAAGGCUGGGCUCGAGGCCCCCCGCUGUCUCCUCCAAGACCAGAGCCAAUGAGGCCCUCAGGAAGCUGGCCCAGAUUGAAACCAAGAUCCGGAGGCGGAGGCAGGCGCCCACGGCUUUGUCUGACACGGAGUCUGACUCGAAGACCAGCGAGCGGCGAAGUCUGAAGGGGACAGACACAGCGUCUGAUGUUCCUUCUCAGCAUCCACACAGAACUUUCCAGAAACAAGCCUGUAAAAGCCCCACAGCAAAGAGCGACGGGCGAAGAGAGCAAGGUAGCAGGUUUUUGAAAAGGAGAGAGCCGCCCACGGAAGCUAGGUCCCCGGAGCCCAUGGUGGAGAAAGGGAAGAGCGUCCCACCACCUAGACAGAAAGAACCUGCUGGAAAAUGUGAUGCUCCCGACAGUGACGAAGAGGAAAUGAAAAUGUUGCUCAGAAGCUUGACGGAGUCUUCUAGAGAGAAAGAAACAAAUAUGAACCAGGUGCUCACUGGCACCAAAGCCAGCAGGAGCGAUCCUGGAAAGUUGACUUCGCAGGACCCGCCUCCAGCUCAGCCAGAAGUCUUGUCUCUGCUCUCUGUGGACCCGUCCAGCUCAAAGCCUUCUCAUCCCUCAUCUCAGCUAGACGCCCCCUGGACUCUCAAUGCUGGGGACACAGCCUCUUUCACAUCCUCAUCUUCCAACACAAAUGACCUUUCAAAGAUGAGGUGCAUCAAACUGGCUUCCUCCCCCAGCAGGAGUGAGGUGGGGUCUUCAGAGGAGUCAGUCUCAGAAGCUGCUGAUGACAGUCUCCAUGAUUUUAGAAUUAAUAUUUUGUCCAUUGAGGAUCUGGUUCUGGCUGAUGGAGAGAAAUCAGAUGUGGAACAGAAAGGGGAAGGUUCUGGAAAGGAAGGGAUGUCAGGCAGAAGCUCUCCACCCAUGUCACCCGCUCGGCUGGAAGAGCAGAGGGCUACCCGGCACAAGAGCACUGCAUUUCAGGGCGUGGCCACUGUGGUUGCUGAGGAAGAGGGCCUUGCCACUGAAGUCUCGGAGCACCUGGGUGACAGUUCUGCCGAAGCUGUCCAGUCCCCAAGUGUGUCCAGCAUGCCGUCUGUGGAAACUCCCACUGCGCUUGAGGCCAGCCUGGUUUACUCUGAGGAUUUUGAGCAGUACUCUGGCCCCUUGGCCUCAGAAGCGUCACUUGAGCAGACACUGGACACUUCAUCGCAGCUGUCGUCCAGCGGGCAGACAGAUCGUCUUCCCAGACGGUCCCCAAAGACAAAGUGGGGCCAAGGUGUGGCUGGAGCCAUGAAGGAGACAGCCGUGCAGACUCUUGACCCUGCCUUUGCUGGUCAGUGGAGCAGGGCUGGUGGCAUGGCGGCCAUUGGCCCCACCCUCGGAGGGGCCUACGUGGACCCAGCACCCAUCGCCAGUCACGUUGUCAGCGCGGACGCUAUAGAAGCCCUGACGGCCUACAGCCCUGCAGUGCUGGUGCUGAAUGACAUGCUGAAGCAGCAGCUGAGCCUGACACAGCAGUUCUUCGAGGCCAGUCGCCAUCUGCACGCAUCCCUCCUGCAGUCCCUGGAUGGGGAAACAUUUCACUACCACACCCUGGAGGAAACCAGAGAGUACAUUAGGUGUCACAGGCCUGCACCCUUGACCAUGGAGGCUGCCCUUCAGGAGGCAAAGGAGGAGCUUCACUUCAAGUCCCAGUAGCCUCCACUUGACCAGCUUGUGGCUCUGUGGGUACGUCAUGAGGACAGCUGAGGACCUGCCACAGGCACUCAAAGCAGGAUGGAGCCACGAGUCAAUGCAACAGACUGCACAUGCCAGAUGUCUGGAUCAUCCAAGAGGGAAGCAGCUGCCCCUUGGGGAAUAUUCCACGCCAGGGGCUGAGACAGGUCUUCUGAGCACGGUGUCCAACACAGCUGGCAUCCACCUCGGAGCAGCCUGCACAAUGCCCAUGUGCACAUCUCACCCACAGGUGGACAAACUGAUCUUUUACAAAAGGCUUUAUUUGAAGGCAAAACAGUAAAAUCCAC